GGAAGUGACGUUGGGCCGAGCCGAGCCGUGAACGCGCGCGGGCGCUGCGGCUUUGCCUGGCUCGCGCGGGGCCGUUGGAUCCUCUCCAGGAGCCGGCGAAGCGUUUUUGUGUCUCCCGGCUCUGGGCAUGCGCAGAUCGGGGGGCUGGGGCGAGCACCGCAUGCGCAGAGGCGGAGCUGCCCUGCUGCUGCUGCGGGGCUGGGCUGGGCUGGGCUGAGCGGAGCGGAGCGGAGGGUCUGUGCCGGGGAGACCUUCAUUAACCCCCGGGCCCGGCCCGGGCCCUGCUCCCGCUGCAGCCGCCCCCUGCUGAGGAGCUGCAGCCUCCAGGCCCUGCAUCAACACCAAGUGAAAUCAGGCUCCAGUUGUGCCAGGUGCUGCAGAGACGGCAAACAAAAUCAGGGACCUUGUUGUUCCUGGAGCUGCAGAGACCCCAAGUGAGAUCUGGGUCCUGUUGCACCAGGCGCAGCAGAGACCCCAACAUAGGUCAGACCCCGCUGUUGUGACAGGUGCUGUGAAGAUCCCAAGUGAGAUCUGCACCCCUGUUGUGACAGUUUAUUUGUAGAGUGUUGGGAUUCCUACCAGGGAGCCACCAGCAGGGUCCAGAGACAGCCCCAUCUCCUAUCUCAGGCUCUGGCUAGUAGAGACCUGUGACUUUCGAGGAGGUGGCUGUAUAUUUCACCAGGGAAGAGGAGGCUCUGCUGGACCCCACUCCGAGAGCCCUCUACGGGGAUGUCAUGCAGGAAAACUAUGAGACUGUGGUCUGGCUGGGAAGAACUGGGCUCGCAGAUGCAGGGAGCUCUAUUGGAGAGAAGACAAAUGUACAGGAUUUCCAAUUUCCAAACCUGAUGUAAUCUCACAGCAGGAAUGAGGGGAACAGCCGUGGGUCUCAGACCUCCUAUGGCUCUGAAAAAAAGUGCUCCUGAGACUGUCUGCACAGGGAGUGACCUAUGUCUGGAUUCUGUCUGUCUCCCAUCAGGUGACGGGAUGGUGAGUGAGAACGAGGAGACACCCCAGCAGGAAGAUGCUGAGCAAGUAGAACCACAUGGGAUGUUAUCAGGAAUAUCCAAAGGGAAUGUUUCUGGGAGUUGUGCACUCCCAGAAAAAGCAGAAGCCUGUGAGAUUCAGCACAGGCCAGAGGAAAACUUCAGUAGCCACUCAGACCUUAUUACAUGCGAGACCAUCAGCUUGGAAGAGACAUGCUACAUAUGCCAUGAGUGUGGGAAAAGCUUCAGUGGGAACUCUGACCUUCUCACACAUCAGAGAAUCCACAGGGGAGAGAAACCCUACACGUGUUCUGAGUGUGGGAAAAGCUUCAAUCGGAGCUCACACCUCAACAGACAUAGGAACAUCCACACAGGAGAGACACCCUACACGUGCGCUGAGUGCAGGAAAAGCUUCAAUCGGAGCUCAAGCCUUAUUAGACAUAAUAGAAUCCACACAGGAGAAAAACCCUACACGUGCUCUGAGUGUGGGAAACGCUUCAGUUAUAACUCAGUCCUUAUCUCACAUCAGAGAAUCCACACAGGCGAGACACCCUACAUGUGCUCUGUGUGUGGGAAAAGCUUCAAUCAGAGCUCAAGCCUUAUUAGACAUCAGAAAAUCCAUACUGGGUGGACACCCUACACAUGCCCUGAGUGCGGGAAAUGCUUCAGUUAUAGAUCAGCCCUUACCAUACAUCAGAGAAGUCACACAGGUGACAAACCCUAUGGAUGUUCUGAGUGUGGGAAACGCUUCAUGGAUAGUUCAGCUCUCAUCACACAUCAGAGAAUCCACACAGGAGAGAGACCCUACAUGUGCUCUGAGUGUGGGAAAAGCUUCAAUCAGCGCUCACACCUUAUCAGACAUCGGGCAGUCCACAUAGGAGAGACGCCCUACACAUGCGCUGAGUGUGGGAAAAGUUUUAAGCGGAGCUCUGCCCUCAUCUCACAUCAGAGAAUCCACACAGGAGAGAUGCCCUACACGUGCUCUGAGUGUGGGGAAUGCUUCAGUUAUAGCUCAGCCCUUACGAAACAUCAGAGAAUUCACGGCGGAGAGACGUCCUACAUGUGCUCUGAGUGUGGGAAAAGCUUCAGUCAGAGCUCAGGCCUUAUUAGACAUCAGAAAAUCCACAUAUGAGAGAACUGUAAUAAAUGCCUUGAUCCUGGCUGGCCAAAGAUGUGAUUUUUUUUUUUUUUUUUUUUAAAUCACAAUUGCCAAUUCCCACAUAGCGACCUUUGCACCAUGUUCACGUGGUCUUUCAGCUCCCCUAGAUGAGUUGCCUGCUUCUGUCUUUUGCAGCUCCCCAUUCUUUGGGGUCAGUCCUGUGAUUUUUUUCUAUCCUCUUUUCCUUUUGAGUUGUAGGAGUGUGUGUCCCUCCAGCCAGGAAUGUUCAUCAGCACCAGGUAGAGGCGAGAGAUUUACCCCAACAAGCUACCCUGAGGCAAAAACUGCCUGGACCUUACAUCCACUAGGACUGUACGUGGUGUUGGCUGCUCAAGUUAGUGACCUUGGUGUAAAAAGACGAUUAUAGUUGUAGUGCAGAUGUAGCCCAGGUGCUGCUGUUGGCAUUAGCUUUCCCCUUGACCUGACCUAAACUCCAUCACUUUUCCUAGUCUAAACAAACCUUGAGCAUCACGGUUAUACUGUCCCCCCCAUUUCAAAGCAAUUGUUAGUUAUCAGGUUCCCCCUUUGGGAACCAUUUUUUUCAUUCCCAGUUGCUCUGAUGUUGCUUCAGGUUGUGCUGGAGACCAGAUAUUUUUACUACCAUUUUCCUCACUUAAAAUAUAUUGAACUAUAAAAGAGAACAGGAACAGGGCACGGAUAGGGAAAAAUGUUAUUUCACCCUCUGUAGCAACGGAAGAAGAUAGGGUAAGUCAGAGGAAUUCCCUUAUUUCCCAUCACCAACACAAUCCCCCUGUUAAACUUGUUAGGUCAAUAUUUUUUCUAUAGGGCUGGGAAGAGUAUUCCGGAGUAAUGACUUGUAACUAAGCAAAAUACCCAUGCAUUUGGCUCCCAAAGAAGCUGUGGCUCAGGUCCUGCAGGAGAUCGCUCCUGAAGAAAUCUCCUUCCUAAUCCAUUAGGAAUCAUGUUGCUUACUAUUUGAGAAAUGUAAUCCCUAUCUUGAUAGGGAUGGGAAAAAUGGAAGUGACAUUUCUAUUCAGCUCACCACUGUCAGAUGCUGCAAAUUGUAAAAUUACUCCAAGUAAGGUCAAAGAUUUGACAAGAACUCAGGUAGAAACUGCAGGUACGAGUGAUUGAUUUUCACCCUAGAGGUGGAAGCUAUGGUGACCUGUCGUCCAGGUAAACUAUUUAGAACACUGCUCCCUAGUUAAGUGGCACUGAUCAUGGUCCUAAAGGAUGCCAUGAUUAAAUUGGGAACAACUGUCUUUUACCAUUUGGAGCCAAAGUUUCAUGAAGCACAGAGAGAAACAGCUGAUUCCUUCAGAGCCAUUCCAUGCCUAUCUGGCUGAUUUGCUGGACAAGAAGCACUUCCAUGCUGGGCAAAUGAUGGUAGCCAAUGAGGAAAUGUACCAGAUUCUAAGUUCAGACUGCAGGAUACAUGAAUGCUGAGUCCAGAGUCUGUGGUUCGGUCUCGUAGCUUUGCUAUUAAGUCAUGCAUUUGUAUCGCUUCUCCACCUGCUGCUACGUUGAAAGAUCAGAAAGUGUGAAAAUAGAGCACAGGUGCUUUUUCUCAUAAUGCAACCUUCCCACAUAGUGUGAGACCCCUUCCACCCACACUUAUGGGAGAAGAUCCAGGGAGAAAUGAACUCACAGAAAUGGAAGGCUCCCAGGUAAUUGUAGAACGUGACUUCACACAAAGCUGACUGGGUGGAAAUGGGAAUUAAGAGAACUGCCCUAUAGAUUUAUAUUUUGUAAUCUUUAAAUGAAUUGUUACCAGUGACAAUGAAAUUAAACAUGAAGUUAAUUAAUUAGUUAACCCUUCCUUCCUAGAAGAGGAAGCCACACCCCAGAAGCUCUGCUGGGCAUGCUCCAACUGGAGAACACAUAUAAAAGCCUGCAGAGUUUCUCAGUCUGUGCUGACUGCUGGAGGGGAAGGAGGCACGCUGCCAGCUCCUGAGGAGGGACAACCCACACUCCAGGAUCCAGAGGCCAGCCAAGCCAAGGCCCAGAUGGAGGAUUCCACAGGAGGGGAACAGACCGGAGGAUCCCCCAAAGUGGAGUACACUGUGUUUAUGGUAGGGAGUGAUCCAGGGGAACUUUGAAGACAAAGUGUGUGAGAGACGCAAUGACACUUGGCGUGUUGCAGGCAGAUCCCUGUCGAGCUAAGGCCAAGGGGAACCCUGCCACUAGCAGGGUCCUGGAUCGGGACCUGGUGGAGAGGACGGGCCCAGGUCCCCCUACUACCCCACCAACACUGUCCUGACACUGGGGGCGAGCUGCAUGGACUCCGGCCAAUAGGCUGCAUUACCCCGUCUAAGAGGGGGAGGGUGACCAUUGGGCCACACUUCCCUGACGUGUGGGUGAGCUGCAUGGACUCUGGCCUCUAGGCCGCACCACCCCGCCUGUGAGGGGCAAGGUAUCUGGACUCUGGCCAUUGGGCCACACUACCCCGCCUGUGAGGGGGAAGUUAUAUAGACUCUGGCUGUUGGGCUGCACUACCUUGCCAGCGAGGGGGAAGGUAUUUGGACUCGCCAUUGAGUAACACUCCCCUGACCUUUGGAGAGAUUUAUAGGACACUGGUCAUUAGGGCCCACAACCCCGAUCAAAGGGGUGAUUGUGCAGAAACAGGCCAUUGGGCCGCCCACAGAGAGAUGGGCAUGGGAGACUUGAGAGUGGCGAGGGUGCCACAAAGAGGUGCUGUGGUGCCAGACCCGCCACAGGCUGAUUUUUGUGAUAACUUUCAGUGUUCCAAUAUAAUUCAGGUUUUCUUCUAGUUCUCUCCAUGUCCCUUCCUACUAUAUAGGAAAUUGUUGCUAAUCCUGAAAUUAAAACCUCACUCCAAGGGAAUUAGAGUGGAGGAAUAUGUGAGAGAAAUAGCAUGUAUGAAAAUAGAGACCUAGUAUAGACUGUCAUUAUUUCUAUUUAAAAUUGGAUUUAUUUUGAUAAAUUUUUAAGUAAAUCAUCUGUUAGGAGGAAAAUUACUUGAGACAAGAUGUGUAACCUUUUACCCAGUUAGAGGGUAACAGCCACAGAGUUGCCCAGGUCUCUUGUUUUCAAAGCAAAGAUGUCACAUACGGCAGGACAUGUCAAAAUCUAAACUGGUGAUGGAUGUGUGAUGGUAGCUUUUCUGAGUUGUUCUUUUUGUGGUUUGUUUUUUUUUUCAUUUAAUUUUUGUUAUGUUUUUUGCAACCAGUUAUUUUUAUAGGUGCUGAGGCCCCUUUUCCUUUUAAGUACAACACUUUAACUCUCAGGCCUGGCUCUGGAAACCUCCUCAGAACUGGCCUUGUGUUUCUUUCAUGUGUGAUAUCUUUGGGGUUCACACAUCCACACUACAUGGGGUUCACAGCAACAGAUACUUUGAAAAACCUACCGGGCUAAGUGGGUCUUUUCCAAACUGACAUUGGCCUAAAGUCUGCCUCGGUUAAACUGGAUUGGGACAUAUCUGUAUCAAGGUAGUGGUUCACACCUGAUUUUCCCAGAGACCUCGGGGGAAGGGUGGUAAAAUAGGAUAAGUAGGAAUCUACAACAAUGAAGUUAAAGAUCAGGGUGAAAGACCCUCACUUUGCAGGUCAAAAAGCCUGUUCUGUUCAUUCCCUCUGACACAUCUGGCACUGGUCACUCUCAGGCACCACACGGGGUUAGAUGGACCAUUGGUCUGACCCAGCAUGACCAGUGUUGCGUUCUUAUGUAAACCCUCUACAGCCUUGUCUACACUGGCAAGUUUCUGCAUAGUAAACCAGAUUUCUGCAGUGUAACUUCUGAGGUGUGCACACUGCCAAGCUACUUAGUUUGCAGAAACUGCUCAGUAGCAGCGCUGUAAAAAAAGCCACCCUGAUGAGAGGCGUACAGCUUUCUGUGCCAGUGCCAGUGUAGACACCCUGUUCCAUUACAGCUCUGCAACUAGUCUCGGGUAGGUGUCCCACAAUCUCUGUUCUCAUCUCUCUGGUCAUCGGUUUGAACUCUACUGCACUGCCCUCAGUGACCAACCGGGAAUGCCACCCCUUAAAUUCCGUGGGAAUUUUGAAAGUCCCACUUCCCACAGAGACCAGUUAUGGUUACAGACCCGUCCUGAAAUUAGAGCAGGAUAUUUUAAAGCUUUAUCUCAUAGUAAAGUAACACAAUUCAAAUGUCAUCGCAGAGGAUAAAGCACUCCAUUUCAUAUUUAUUGCUACUGAUCUCACUGAAAAACUUCCUUGGUGCUGCUCCCAGCACUUUAGGGAGUUUUUCCCCUUCUCCCUUCCAGCUGUGGUUAUGGGACUGCAGCACCUCUCCAGAUGGCCUGCUUUGCUCUUUGACUUGCAUCCUUCACUUAUUUGAAUGAAGCUGUCUGCUACUAGUUUAGUUCAUAGCUGAAACCUCAGGUACCAGCAGCUAAUUACAAAGGCUAAAUUCCCAUUGCCAUCAGUGGGAGGUUAUCCUGGGUUGCCAGGGCUGCAGGUUUUGGUCCAUGAUCAACCAAAGUGCUACAACAGCUGCACUCUUACAUGGUGGGUCCUGCAGCCUAUUACUAAACUACUCUGCCAUAGUCUGCAGGGUGGCCUGACUUGCUGAGAAUCUGGCAGAAGAGAGACCCUGGAGCAGAGAAGGAAAAUGUCCUCAGCAGUCAUAGCUGGCAGGAGCAGGAAAGGUUGGGUUUGUUUUCAAAUUUCUCUCCCUGCUCAAGCCUUUAAUCAUUCCUGUGGCUCUUCUCUGAGCCCUCUGCAAUUUAUCAGGGAAAACCAACCAACCAAACCAGACUGUUCUGAGUGAUGUUACAAUCUAUUGCCUUCCAAGGUUGAAUAUGAAUCAGAUCAUUCUAUUCACCUAAGAGUUCAACUUUAAGGCUUUUUUUGUUUUUUUAGUUCCAAUCAAAUCCUGUGCAACAGCAUCAUUUGGUCACUUCAUAUUCACAGGUUCCCAGAGCUGGCAGGUCUAAGUCUUUCCUCCCACACCAACAUGAAAAAAAUCAGUGACAGAAAAUGCCCUAAAGCCCCUCUGCUUCCUUGCCCACUAGACUGUGGAAAUACACGAGAAAAAGUGCUUUCCUCUCUCCUCCUGACCCUGAGUAACAUUUCUGUCUGUCCUUGAGAUUCUGCCACAGGGACAAGGGUUGUGGAUGCAUAUGAUAUGUUAAGGCUUCAUUGAUUUGUUCAUUCCUUUACUCCUUCAUUAGUAACAAGGGUGCAUGAGCUCGAAAUAAUCCAGCUCUGACUUUCACACAGGAGGCUAUUUCCAGGCUCACAAUUACCCAAAAAAAAAAAAAAAAAUCUUUCUAACCUGAACAAGUUGAAUCUGGAGUCACUGAGCCCCAGGAUGCCUUUCUUUCAUCAAAUAUUUUUGGAGUAUAUCAUGUUAACUAGGUAGGUCUUCCCCUAGGAAGAGUCUGUCCAGUGGCAGCACUCAGUGCACACUUCCCAUUUACAAACUCAUCUUCAGCAUAUAGGCCAUUGAACCUAGCGAGGCGGGGAAGAUCCCUUUGGUCGGGCUCCAGCCUAAGCAAGCUCCUGGAGCCAGAGCCCGGCAAGCCUGAGACAGCUGACCUGGGCCAGCUCUGUGUUUUUAAUUGUACUGUAGACAUACACUUGGUAUCAAAAUCCCAGCUUUCUCAUCAGGAAAUCAAGCCCUAGUCCCCCACGUGACAGGUCAGGAUAGUCACCACUAUAUUCAUGAGGUCAGAACCGACAACAGCCCCUGCAUAGGGACCUAGGGGAACAACUUGUCCACCUCUUAGAACAGCUUUGUACAAACAUUUUCCCCAUCAAAAUGAUCCAGAGCUUUUAAAAUGAGAAUAAGAGAACAAACUAAAUCAAAACCAGAGAAACUGCUAUCAAUCUCCCCACCACACACAGUUUGGGUCUGAAUUUUUCUACUGAAAUUUUGAGGCAAUAAAACUCGCACUGCUAUUGUCCAGAAACAAACCUAAACCUCCCGUGCACUGUCUAGGACUUUGAUUGCUGAACCACCAAUGCUUCAGCUCCUUCUGUGAGAUUUUCAGCUGCCCAAUACUGCUGCUAUUCCAGGGGAGCAAUUCUUGACUCCAGUAAGUAUUGAUCUCAGUCCCGUUCUGUGUAUCACAGGUUUUUCUAGGAAAGGGCAGUGAAUGGUUCUAGGGUCCAGUGAUCCUCAUUCAAAUCAGGCCAGAAUAUGAGAAUCCUUCCCCUUUCCCAGACUGUGGGAGGGGAGACAUUUAAAGGAGCUCUCUGAGCUAUAGCACGUGGCUAAGUAAAGAGAAUAAGCCCUAUAUUCUCCCUCUGCUUUGGGAUCUGGGCUUACUCCUGAAGUAUCUUUACCCACGUAGUCCCUAUGGAUCACCCCUAACCCUUGAUGCUGCUUUCUACAGAAUGUGAAAGGAUCAGAGGCAGUGCAGGAGCCUUCUGGGGACACAGAUCUGAGGCUCUGGGAAAGAGAGAUUGUCUGAGACAUCAGAGCGCUAUAAACCAUGCAGCCACCUCCUAAAUCGGGCCUGUUCCAGCCCUGAGUCUGAGCUACCAGGGUCCCUCCCACAAAGCAGGGUGCCUACAGCCUGAAAAUAAGCAAUUGAAACUAACUCAUGCUCUCUCUGUCGUGGCUUCCCCUAGACUAAAUAGCAUCCCAGCCAAGAAGCAUCUUUGGUGCGCCCCUAUCCCCAAUAUGUUAAACCUUUGAAUACCUUAUUUUUUAUUGCAUUUGUAGCUCAUUUCAUGAUUUCAAUGUACAACUUGGAUGCAUGAUUUUCUAUGUCAUAAGACAAAUUUGCAUGCUACGAUCUAUAUUUAGUCAUGCCAUAUAUAAGCAAAUAAAAAAUUCAUUUCCUUUAA